AGCAAAAAACAACAACAACAAACAUGUUAACUGAAAUUGUGAAUAAUCCCAAAUUAGAAAAACUUCUAAUCAGCACGGGUAACAUUUUAAAUGUGGACAAUGCCACUCCGUUGCGGACAUCACACGAAGAGCUGUUGGACAGCUUAAAACUGUGCACCGAUUGUCAGGCGGCAGCCGCAGCAGCGACGACAACAACGGCCGAUGGAAAAGACGACUUACAGCUGGUCGUGAUUGGUCACAGCGACAACGAGGCUCAUGUAUUGCGAGCCCAAAAAGAGUUGCAAGAGAAAAUAUUGGAAAAUCAACGCAACGAAAUCAGCAUCGGAGCCAAAUUGUUUGUAAACAAUGCCAGCGGUGUGGGUGGUGUCCAACAAGCCGUUACAGCCCUCAUGGACAUACUGAAAGUGGACUGUGUUGAUAAUCUGGUGGUGGCCUAUCAUCCACAUGGCGAGGCGAAAAGUGACGGUGCCGAUGUGAAUAGUCUUAAGAAUUUAUGGAAUGUCUUGCAGGAGUUUGCCGAAAAGAAACAAAUAUGCCAAUUGGGUAUUGCCGAUUUGGAUAGCAGUAGUCUGCAACAAUUGUACAGUGAUGCCAGAGUGCCUCCGACCAUAGCUCAAAUUAAUUUGGCCAAUUGUUGUGUCGUACCGCCGGAAUUGAAAGAGUUUUGUACACAAAACGACAUACAAUUGCUGACUCAUGGUGAUCCGGAAAUUUUACUAGCCGAUAAUGAUUUUACGAUUCCCGGCUAUACAGUCGAUUGGGUGAUGCGUUAUCAGGUGCAUGUACGCUGUCGUGGUGUACUGACAGCCAAGGGUUAUAUAGUGCAGGCCACAAAAAAGGAUAAAUGA